GUCCCUAGGUUGCACAGUGUGCUAUCCGUCAAACGACGGCAAUUGUAAAUGUAUCACCCUGUUCUACUUUUGUUACUUGGGAUACUUGUAUACUGGGUGUUUCGAAAAAUGUCAAAACACAAAUGACAACAAAUAACACGUGUGUUGAUGUACCGCAUGUUGCACUGACCGGUUAGGUGCCGUGUUUCAAAUAUUAGAAGAAAUAAUAGUGUUGUUACAGUAAAAUUUGGAACUGGUGAUAACUGCCAAAAUGGCCACUAGCUUAGCAGCACAGCUGAAGCGUUUGGAAGCACCCCAAACGUCUGCGAAGCUCGAUUUUCGCAAGAGUGCAUCGAUUCUGUUCGACACGAAAGAGGCGGCGUCAAAGGAUCGGGAAGUAAUAUUCGACAUCGGCGUAAGUGGGCUGGUAGAGUUAAUCCAGAUGCAUGGCGCAUUUGCCCAGUUUGAGGAUACGCUGUUCGACAGGAAAUCGAUCGAUCUCCAACGAGCGGUCGAGAAUAAAGAGCUGAACAAACAGCUCAACAGCAACAUCGAGAAGUUUUUCUACCAUCUUUCACCCUACUUUAUGCUGCAACCGGCACACAAAUGUCUGGAGUGGUUAAUACGUCGCUUCGAGAUACACAAGUACAACCGGGUGCAAUUUGUUCAUCUCAUACUGCCGUACCAUGAGACGCGCAUUUUCGUGCGCUGCGUGCAAACAAUGAACGUCGAGGAGUUCAACGAUACGCUAGCCUUCCUGGCAGCGGUCGGCAAAUCGGGCGUACCACCUUCGAAGCGUACCAUCAUCGAUCAUUGCACUCGGCAUCCGGGAUUUUUGGAGAAGUACGGUCGGUUUGUUAGCAGCGCAGUAAUCGAACUGGGAAACAAAGCGAAUGCGCUACAGGCCCCGUUUGCUUUCUACAGUACCACGACAUUGGGUAUGUUUGGCAACGUCGAAACUGUGACGGAAAACCACGUCGUAGCCGUGUUGAAAACUGUCGGUAAAGGGCUCGCAUCUAGAGCGAUCGAUUUUGCCGCUGGUUCGCUUAUGAUCGUUGGACAAAUGGUAGUCAAAACGAACCUUGGAGAGACUGCACUCGAUUACUUGAUUCGGCGUGUCUGUGGUGUCAAGCAUCCAGCACUAACUACCGAAGCUACCCUGCUACUGGUGCUGAUCUUCCAAACGCAGCACGAGCAAAUCGUUACCCUACCGAAGGAACUGAUGAGUGUAAUAAUUCGCUGCAAUUGGCUUACGCCGACCUUGUGCGUCGUGAAAUCGGAUGGUAUCGAUGUGAUGAUGCUCUACCGGAAGCUGCUGGAAAAGUGUCUGAACGAAAUAUGUUGCUCCAAUGAAUCGUUAAUGGUGUACAGCAGCUUCUGCGAACAGUUGGUACAGGAGAUUCAACUGACCGACGAAGAAGCGGAAGAUGUAAUACAGUGUGUGUUAGAUUCGUAUUUCCUGAAGGAUGAUCGGCAGAAUGGCAAAACCCAAUCAGCUCCAAUCGCAGACUCAAACGAUACCAUCGAUUUGGACAGCGACGAGGAGGAUUUUGUGCACAAGGACCAAAAUGUGACCAAUUGGUAUUCGGAAUUUUUGAAAAGCUUUGAACGACAGUACCCAUCUGCUUUCGAUAAGAUCGUGAAGCGCGUAAUGAAGGGUCAAUAUUCAAACAAACAGCGUAAUGCAUUACGCAACGUGCUGGGAUUUCUCCUGCAAGCAUCGUACAAUGAGAACGAAACGAGCGUGUUCGAAAAUCUCUUCCAUUACGACGCCAAUCGACGUGUGCACGCGGUACAGUAUCUUGUCACAAAUAUACGUUCGUUGAAGGUGAAAAGCCGUGGCAAGAUGGAUCUGUUACGGGACAGUGUUCGGGAGCGGCUAGACGACGACAGCUGUGAGGUGAUUGCCAAUCUGCUCGAGCUCUCAACUACCGAGCUGGUGGAUGUCGUUGGUGUUGACGAGUUGAUCAACAGACUGAGCAAUCUUGUGCUGAAGUGUGUCGCUAAUCAAUCCCGCUGGAAGUCAGUAACACCUCGCCUCAUUGAACUGUUAACCGACGAGCGUAUUUACAACGGUGCGGACGUAAAUCGGCUGAUCAUUACGCUUUAUCCGCUACUUUCUCCGAUCGGAGAUUUUCCCGCAGGCGAGGAAAACGCUGCGACAUUGCAAUCGUCCUCGUUUGGAAAACAAUACUUGAACUCGCAGUUUUACAGCAAUGAGGAGAACUGUAACGCAAUGUUGCAAAUUAUGGAGAACGCUGGCCAAAGCACGAACCCCAUACAGGUGUGCUUUAAUGUGAUGCUCUUAUCGAACGCACUGCCCGCACCGUGUAGCGUCGAGCAGGCCGAUCGCGUCCUGGAUUAUGCGGUAAAACAGCUUGCAAAUCAUCGUUUCCAGUACGCACACACAUCAUCCAUUCAGUGUUUGCGAGAAAAAAAAUUACCGCAGCAUCUGGUUACGAUUCCGAUUCAACACAUCAUCGAACGCGUAACGUUCGAACCGAUCGUUGAGAUGAACUUCGAACGGCAAAGUGUGUCGCUAAAGCUUCGACUGCGCAUAUUCAACGAGCUGCUGGAAAAGUAUUGUACGAUCGAUGCGAAACACAACGAAAUAAGAGCCAUAUUUGGUGAUCUGCUGAAAAGUUUUCUAACCCGCCUGUAUCCACAACCGGAAGAUAGGGUGGAAUUUCUAUCCCAUUUUUACACAAUUCAUUUGAUCGAACCAGCUUCCAAAGACGAAACGAACAACUUUCUGAUCAGCGCCAAGUUGCAGAUUCGCUGCCAGCGGCUGCUGAUCUCCAUUCUGCAACAGUUGCAACAGGAAAAUGGCUGCAAGAUCACGAACAACGCCUUCAUAAACAUUCUGCUUGCGUUUACCUCCGAAUCGAUGGUUGUGCGUGAGUGUGUCGUGCAGACGAUCGAGCAUAUCGCGAUGUUGAGGAAAGCAAACGGUCUGUCGAAAGCAUCGAAUAGUUUUCUGCAGAAAUUGCUCAAACGCCGCGAAGAACUUACGAUGGAUGGGGAGCAACUUUCGUUGCUGGUGUUUACAUUGUUUGCAAUGGAAGAUGGAAAAUCGCUGAAGGAAACGUUGGAAUGCUUCAUCGCACGUGCAGCGGAUACUGGCACACCCACCUACAUCGUCUGCGGUAUAAUGGAUUUCUUGAAGUUGCUCGACGAUCCGCUAGUGUUGCUUAAUUCCGCCUCCAAGGGUGUUAGUAUUGUGGAGCGCGUAAUCAAAGACAGCGAUCGCGUAGUGUUCGAUGCGUACGAAUCGAAGCUGUUGCAACUGUUGAUCGGACGCUUCAAUUUGGACAUUAUCGAGCAUCUGUCGACGAGCGAACUAUGUCAGCGGCUCGUAGCGCUUACGUUGCAAUGCGACAAACCGUUGAUUUUAGCAAAGGAACGAAAGCUUUACACACCGGCCAGUAUGAUGAUCGAAGUGCUUGGUGGGGAAAUGUUUGAAUCGCUUCCUAAACGGUACGCUAAAGAGCUGCUUCCGGCCAUUGUUGAAGCUGCAACACUAUCGCAACAUCCGGAAACAAACUCAGUCACGGGAAAAUUGUUUAAAAAUAACAUUAUCGAUGCGGAAUUAGUCGUCGAUAUGCUGAGCGCCAUGUACGAAGGCAGGUCGAUGGAUUCGCAAAACAAAACGAAAGAGAACAUUAAACUGGGUCGUAAAGCCAUCAUUUCCGUCGCACCAUCGGAACGUGUGCUUUCUUCGACGGUGUGGAAAUGUGGCGUAACAUUGCUGGAGCAUUUACAGAACAAGAAGAAGCUGGAAAAUGCACACCUGCUGGUACCGAAGCUGUUCGAGUGUCUUAAGUAUUGUCUCGAUUUUGAGGAACAAUCGGCCGUUGAGUAUGUGAAGCAAAUCGUGCUAUCGUUAUUGCUGUACUGCAUUCAGAAGGUAGAACAGUUGGCUAAUGAUAAGCAGGGAGACGCAUCACCAUUUGCAAAUGCUACCAGCGUCUUUAAGGUGGAACAGAUUGUCCAGUGCAUUCGGGGUACGCAGAACCCACAAACGCAUCACCAUGCGCUGCUACUGUUGGCACACGUUGCACGUUACGUACCGGACCAGGUGCUGCACAAUAUGAUGGAAAUUUUCACCUUCGUUGGAUCAUCGAUCGUACGGCAGGACGAUGCGUACAGCUUCCAGAUCAUAUCGAAGAUCAUCGAAACGAUCAUACCGACGAUCGCGCUAGCCGGAACGGCGGGCACGAUUACCAGCAAGAUGGAGCAGAUUAUUCCUAUAAUGAAAAUAUUUACCGACAUCAUACUGGACGUGCCGGAACAUCGCCGCAUCCUGCUGUACGUGAAGCUGUUGCAAACGCUCGGUGCGAACGAAUAUUUGUGGGUAUUUCUGGGCGUGUUGAUUGAAUCGGACGUCAUGAAAGGUGGCCACAAGGCGGAAAAGCGAAAAGCAACGAAAUCGCGCGCCGAAGCCGAGCUGGCACUGAGCGAGCUGUCGAAGCGAAUUGAAGUAGCGCUGCAGAUAGCGAGCGAGUUCGAACCGGCCGUUAUCAUACAGACGUGCACGAAUCUGAUCGACUAUUUACGCGAACUGCCGAUGGAGAUCGAAAAGCGGAAGAGUGACACGGACGUCAUGGAGGUGGAUAUUGUCGAUUCCACCAUUUUCAACGUGAAAACACACACCGGCCGUCAGUUGAAGCAUUUCAAAUAUUCGCUCGUCCAGUUCGUCGGUGGACUGCUGUCGUCGGUGUGUGUAAUCAAUAAGAUCGCACAGCUAAACGAAACGGAAACGCUGGACAUGAAGAAGUACUAUCAAAAUCUGAUCGUCGGUAUACUAACGUACGUGAAUGCGGUUUCGAAAAUGCUCGACAAGCUAAAGGAGGAAAGCUCCGACGAAAAGAUACCGCUUUACUGGAGGGCCAUGCUGAACAAUUGUUACGACAUUCUCGAAAGCACCAUCUCGUUGCUUUCGGCCGAUACGUUGAUUAUUGUCGUGCAUGGAUUGCUGAAGCAUCGAUUCUUGAUGGUACGCCGGAAGGUGAUUGAGCUGUUAAACAAUAAGCUACAGUACAAGCAGGAUUAUUUCAACAGCAAUCAUUAUCCGGGAUUGUUGAAGCUGUACGAUCCACUGAUGACGCUGGUGCAGCACAUGUACGAGGAGGAAAAUGUUGUCGGAACUUCGUUCGAGCGCAUGGUGAUCGUACAGCUGAGCUACAUUGCUGUACGGCACCUGUCGAAGAUAUUGACGCAGCACGACACCAGCAAGGUGCAGUCCGUGCUGGAAAUGCUGAUGGUGGAGCUGCACGGUUACAAGAAAAAUCCCAACACGCAGAUACUGUCCUCGCUGAUACUUUGCAUUGGCGAGCUGUGUAGCAACCUGGGACCGUAUUCCAUCAACUAUCUUCCGCAGUUUAUGCCGAUGGUGAACAAGUUUCUCGUCGCCCAGCUACAGUCGGAUGAUCCGUUCGAUAUUCUCACCUCCAGCAUUGUGCUGCUAACGGUGAAGAUUGUCGAUACGCUGGCACGGUUCAUUUCGCCGUAUCUAAAAUCGAUGCUCGUCGGUUUGACAAAGUUACACGCUAUGAUCGAGGAAAAGAAUGACCCUCGGUUGGGAAAUAUGCAGUCGCGCUUGGUGAUGAUUUGGGAUAAUGUUUCGAGCACGAUCGCACCACGCGUACUGCUGCCAGCGAUUGAACAAUGCUACCACAAGCUAGUGGAAACCGGUGAGCUGAACGCAAUCGGUCCACUGAUGGCACUUCUCUCGACCAUGUUCACAAACAUGAAGUCGAGCAACUUCACCGCUAUACGCAGCGAAGUGACGGAACUGUUCCUGACCGCACUUCAGUUCCGGUGUUACAAUUCGUCCAAGGAUACCUUUACACUAGCGGCAAUCGAUGCAGCAGAAGCGCACGUUAUAAAGGCGUUUGUGGUGCUAAUUUUAAAGCUCUCGGAAAGCACCUUCCGGCCACUGUUUUAUCAAGUGUUCGAAUGGUCCAUCCGCGAAACGUCCAGCAAUGACCGUGCAAUCACAUUCUUCAAUUUGUGCUGCCACGUGGCGGAAGCGCUUAAGUCACUGUUCGUGCUGUUUGCCAGCGAUCUGAUAGCGAUUGCGGUGAAGCUGCUGAACGCUACCAACAAGGCCAAGGUCGAUGGGACGGAGCUAAAGGAGUUACAUUUCGAUGUGGAAUCGAAAAACGUGACAUUGGUCCGUUACGUUCUGAAGACGCUGUACAGCAUUGUGCUGUACGACAAUCAGAACUUUAUCAAUGCGGUACGCUUCGAUAUGCUGCUCGGGCCGGUAACAGACCAUCUGGAGAACGAGCUUAUUAUCGACGAGACGGAGAUUCGCACCCUGGUGAUCGACUGUCUCGCUCAGAUGGCCGUGGCGGUGAUGGAUGAUUCGCUCUGGCGUCAGUUAAAUUAUCAGGUGCUGAUGAAAACACGUAACAACGAUGCACAAGUCAGAUUAUUUGCACUGGAGGCAUGUACAGAAAUAGCGCGUAAGCUGGGCGAAAGCUAUGCGCCGCUGCUACCGGAAACGAUACCCUUCCUGGCGGAACUGAUGGAAGACGAUAAUGAGGACGUUGAAAAAGCGGUGCACCAUUCAUGCCGUGAAAUUGGCCGUGCGACAGGUGAAGAUUUGCAGAAAUACUUCUGAAGGUAGAGGACGAUGGUUUGGCUUCGCACACGAAGGUAAAGCGUUUAACUUCCCCUUUGCAAUGCAGUGUCGGAAACAAUAAAGAAACAGUUAAAACUCUUAAA